AUGCACGGCACUAUUUCUGCUAUGUUUGUUUUCUAUUUUUAUUCAAAAACUGCAGCUGCUAUGGUUAUCGAAAUGGCGAUGAAGUAUUUGCUCCUAGCAAUUUCUAUGAUAAUAGCAAUGAAUAAUUGCACUUCAUCUGCACUGCAUGGCGGCGAUACGCUUCUAGUAGGAGAUUGUCUCAGUGCAAAUCAGACCAUAAUGUCAAAGAAUGGCUCGUUUGAAUUGGGAUUUUUCAGUCCGAGAGGAAAGAAUAAUUGGUAUGUUGGCAUCUGGUACGCGCCAAUCGUACAGAAGGUCGUAGUUUGGGUGGCUAACAGAGAUAAUCCUGUCAAAGGCAUGCCCGGCACUCUCAACUUUUCGACCGACGGUAAUCUCAGACUGUUUGAUAGAGAGGGCCGGUUAGUGUGGUCACCUGAUAUCGCCCUGAAAGGAUCGCGGGCAAUGAUAACUGACUCUGGUAAUUUCAUCAUGCUUGGGGACGGCCAAAACAAAUCUGAGACUGUGUGGGAGAGUUUCGCUCACCCGGGAGAUACAUGGUUGCCUGGCAUGAAGAUGUCUAAAGGUAUAACGCUAACUUCCUGGAAGAGUUCCGUGGAUCCUGCAAGUGGGCUCUUCUCUUAUGGAAUGGACAUGUCUUCACGAAAGACGGGGAUGGUGAUGACCUAUAACAAGAGUGUUCCAUAUUGGUCCAGUGGAGAGUGGACUGGCAGUUAUUUUGCCAACUCUCCGGAGGGGAGUAAUAAUAAGAUAGUCGAAACUUUUGUUGUCAAGGUUUCUCCUUCAACAGUAAACUUUUAUUUCAGAGUAAACCCGAGACAACAUAUCCUGACAGGGCGGAUCCUGAUAAACGAGAACGGCGAAUUAAAAGUUUACCUCUGA